CUCUUUUUUUCCCUUAGCUUCCUUCUUUUUAGUGGUCUGUCUCUUAACAAGUCAAGCAUCAUUCCUUUUGCUUGUCUCCUCGUCUAGCCAGUCUAGCAGACUUCACUUGUCUUACUUCCCACCUUUACGUUCUCUGUUACGGGCAAAGUGUCUUUAACCUGCCAGUCUUGCGAAGUCGAUCUUCGUUCUUUUGAAAGGAAACAACAACACCAACUACAUUGCCUGGGCGCAAUAACCACUCAUUACAGCCAACUUCAGACCACGGCUUGAAGAAGAGGGAAAACAUACAACAUCCAAGAUUACACGUGAUACGUACAUACAUCAGUCAACAUGAAGACCUCCGCCGUUACCCUCGGCUUCUUUGCCGCCCUCACAACCGCCUACUCUCAUCCUCGCCAUAUGCACUACCGCCGCUUCAACACCACUCUUCCCGCCGUCAGUUCUGUCGAAGCCGUAGCUAGCUCCUCCGAGGCUGCUGCCGUUGCCUCUUCUUCGGCCGUCGAUCUUUCCACUGGGCUUGGUGCUGUCUCGACCGGUCUUCCUCUUUCAACUGGGGUCCCCCUUUCUACUGGAGUGCAUAGCUUCCUCGAUGCCGUCAAUGCUACGGCUACCGUCCCCGGAGCUCAGCCUCUCACCACCCUUACCGUUAUCGCCACUUCGAUCGAGACCAUCACUUCGUGUGCUGCCUCCAUCACCAACUGCCCUGCCAGGACUGAGGAACUUGCUGCCCUUCCCACCGAGGCUCUCGCCACUACGGUCGUCACCCGCACCGCUCAUCUCACCACCACCGUCUGCCCCGUUGCUGAUGCUUCGUCCAUCUCCUCCAGCGUUCUUGCCGGGGCUUCGAGCACUGGCAUCAGCCCCUCCCUCCUGUCCUCGGUUGCUCCCACAACUGCCUCUGCCGCGGUUACUUCCGCUCCCAUCUUCAGCAACUCUACCACUGUUCCGGCUGCUGCUGCGUCAUCCGGUCUCACCACUCUUACCGUGAUUGCUACCGCGGUUGAGACCAUCACUUCGUGUGCUGCCUCCAUCACCAACUGCCCCGCCAGGACCGAGGACUUGGCCACUCUCCCCACCGAGGCUCUUGCCACCACCGUUGUCACCCGCACCGCUCAUCUCACCACCACCGUCUGCCCUGUAGCCGAGGCCUCCUCCAUCUCCUCCAGCGUUUUCCACCAGGCCUCCAGCAGCGGCAUCAAGGUUACUUCGACCGCCGUCGAGACUCUCACCACCCCCAAGGCCGUCACCAUCACCCUCGGCGGCAACGGCAACGGUAACGGCAACACUCGCGUCAUCACCACCACUGUCAUGUCUACCAUCGAGAACACCGUCGUCAAGACCAUCACCAUGACCAACGCCAACCCCCUUGUCGAAUCCACUUCCGCCGCUAAUGCCGUCGGUGGCGGCAGCCCCGCUACUUCUGCUGCUGGUGCCGAGAUUGAUACCACUUACACCAUGACCACCACCACCAUCGGCACCAAGACUGUUACUGUUGGCGUGGGCGCCACCGUCACCUCGGUCGCCACCCAGACUGCUUCUCCCGACUCUGGCUCCGGCUCUGGCACUGGAUCUGGUUCCGGCAACGGCAACGGUAACGGCUCUGGUAACGGCUCUGGCUCCGGUAACGGCAACGGCAACGGCAACGGCAACGGCAACGGCAACGGUUCUGGCUCUGGCUCUGGCUCUGGCUCUGGCUCCGGUCUCGACUCCGGCGCCUGCCAAUGCCCCGCCGCCGUCACCGUCACCGCUGCCGCUGCCGGUAGCAACUGCCCCACUGGCGCCGCCGCCAUGACCGUCACUGUUCCCGCCUCCACUGUCACUCUUCCCGCCUCCACCGUCUACGUGACCAUGACCGCUCCUUCCGCCGUCAACAACGAGGCCUCUGGCGCUGCCUCCACCACUGCCGCCGCCCCCGCCGCCACUACCACUGCCGCUGCUGCUAUUGGUAACAACGGCACUGACCUCUCUGGCUCCAACGGCUCCGGUGAUGACGAGUCCUGCCCUCCCGAUGAGGAUACCGCUGGCGAGGCUGAGGGUGAGGGUGAGGAUGAUUCUUGCCCCGAUGAGGCCGAGACUUCCACCGCCUCCGCUGCUGCCUCUGCCACGCUGGCUCCUUUCCCGGCUGGCAACAGCACGCUUCCCGCGGCGCCUACUGGUACCGCGGUGUAUCUUGACAAGAUCUAAGUCAGGAGUUGGAGGAGUUGUACAUUAGAUGUAGCUUGAGUGAGUUCAAUGAGAUUGAAUUGCAUGGAUAGUUGAUGAUAGGAUGAUGGGAUUGAUGGGGGGUAGGAUAAGGGGGGGUAAGGGGUUGAUAUCGAGUUGAUUGGAUAUUAUUGUUAUAUACUCCUUCUUGUUACCACGUUGUACUCGUAUCAUUUGUACGCAUGUACGUUUCUUCUUCUCUCUUGUGAUGUGGAUCACACAAAAAAAAGACUUUUGAACCAUAAACGAAUUUGGAGGGAGACAAUUGUCAGCUUGUGCCAUUGUUUUGGACAUCGGAUGAGGAUGCUUGUUUGGGGUAUUGUAGACUUACUGUUUUUUUUUCUUUGAAUGAAGACACAACUUUUGUGGCAUCAACUUAUAACGUCUACGAACCGC